CAACAAGAUGACUCGACCGACGGGACCGCUUGGGAUAGAUCCCUUGGCAUUUACUUUUUCACUGUUUGGCUUAUUAUUACUAUUUGUACUGUAUCUGAUUUUGCCGAGAGGCCUGCGAAAACAAUACUUUGGAGCCUACCCUAAACGACAUGCAUGGUCAGCUCGAUCAAGAAUGAGAAGAAAUCGAGGCUAUGGAGAUGUAAGUACAUUAUCAAAACCACGUGUCCACUGUUUGCAAAUCUCUUCUGCUUCAGCUGUUUUGCAUUUUUGCUGAUCCAACUCAACUCAACGCCUAUUUCAUGUGGAUUCUACGCAGCAUUCCUUGGGAGGUGGAUCAAUAACUGGAGCUUCGUCAGUUGCCACUGGAACUACAUUUGGAACACACGGGCAUCCCGGAUCUCACCGUCAGCUACAAGGAAUGGGGUUGGGAGCCAGUCACUCCGUUGCCGGAUCUACAAUUGGAGGAACCACAGCGUACUCAAACAUGACCGGACGACGUGGAUUCGACGAGGAACAGGUUGUGUUUGGUGGUGGCGCAGCAGGUGCAGCUGGAACAAACCAAAUGUUAGACAUACAGCAGAACGAAGAAAUUGUUAUUUCGGCAGCUAUGCAACAACUUCGAGAUCCCGGUGUCCUGAUCGUCGCCCACGGCAGUAGGGGGAAACCCAAGACGGUUCGCCUACAACUUACAGAAAGUGCUGUAACCUGGAGAACAGAGACACGAAAGAAGGGAGUUGCGAAGGAUGCCAAGCCAAAAAUGGGAAAACUGCAUCAAGUUCCACUCAGUCAUAUCAUGUACGUCGAUGUUGGAAAACAGACGACAGCAUUGCGACGAGUCGAGAACGCGAGUGUGAACGACGCACUUUGCUUUUCGCUUCUUACCAAAGAAGGGUCCCUGGAUCUAGAAGCGAAUAGCCCUCGUGAACGUGAUGCACUUGUUAGUUGCUUUUCAUUGGUAUUGGAUGAGGUCCAUGCCCAGAACUGGAGAGAUAUAUACCGAGGUCCCAGUUCGGAUAUGCCGAGCUCGUUUGACGAGAUCGAUCAACAGCAGCAGCAGCAACAGCCCCAGGGGACGCAAGGGCAAAGGCAACACGAUCCGACAGCCGGCCGUGGCCACCCAUAAAUGGAUGGCUAUUGAUGGAAUCAUCGGCUACAUCGUUCUUUUCACCUUUGGUGAACGCACACAUAACUACAUAUCAGUGACUUGGCAGGUCCUAAACUCACGGUUCAAACAAAUAAACUCCAGUUAC